AAACGUUGACCAUUUUUGACGGGAAAUUUUAUCAGGGAAUAAAUGAAUUAGAACUUCACGACUUAAGCAACUUGAAAAGAAAGAUGACUAUUCAGAGAGUCGCCGCCCUUGUCUCGACCAGCUGGCUAAAACAGAGAUUAGCUCAGGCGGGAGCUGCCUCCAAAGGUCAGUUACGUGUAUUGGACACUAGCUGGCAACCAUAUCCCUAUGCUGAUGGCUACACAGAGUUCUACAAGAAGGGUCACAUAGAAAACUCUUACUUCUUCAAUCUGGACAAGCUCGGCACAAAAAGAUCCGACUCUCCGAUAUAUUUCCCAGUUCCAGACUCCAACUUGCUUCAGGAAUAUGUUGAGAGCUUCGGCAUCAACAACAGCACUCAUGUCGUGGCGUACGAUAGCGUUAAUGCUUACUCCAGUAUGAGAACCUGGUACUUGUUCCGUUUGUUUGGGCACGACAAGGUCUCCAUGUUGAAUGGAGGGAUGACACAGUGGCAGAGAGACGGGAACCACGUGACUCAGGAAGAGCCCAAACCUGCUGAAAAAUCCGAAUUCUCCGUCCAGUUUAGAAGUGACCUUCUCAAAGAUUACCAGUCUAUGAUGAAACUUGUUCAAAGUCAGGAUGUCCAGAUAAUUGAUGCCAGACCAAGUGGCUUCUACGUCACAGAGGAUGACCCAACCGGUGGUCAUAUUCCAGGUGCUAAAAACAUUUCAUUUUCAACGUUGUUUAAUGAAGAUGGAACGUUGAAAUCGGAAACAGACUUGCAGCAGUUGUUUACUACUGCGGGUGUUGAUCUACAGAAACCCGUGGUCUCGACUUGUCACGUUGGCAUUACCGCAUGUGCUCUGGCCAUGGCUGCCCACAUCCUGGGGAAGGUUGAUGUUCCUGUGUACAACGGCUCGUGGUGUGAGUGGAGCGCUGUAGCUCCAGCUGAAUAUCUCGUCAAAACUAAACAAUAGGCUGAAUAUCUCGUCAAAACUAAACAAUAGGCUGAAUAUCUCGUCAAAACUAAACAAUAGGCUCCAGCUGAAUAUCUCGUCAAAACUAAACAAUAGGCUCCAGCUUAAUAUCUCGUCAAAACUAAACAAUAGGCUGAAUAUCUCGUCAAAACUAAACAAUAGGCUGAAUAUCUCGUCAAAACUAAACAAUAGGCUCCAGCUGAAUAUCUCGUCAAAACUAAACAAUAGGCUCCAGCUUAAUAUCUCGUCAAAACUAAACAAUAGGCUCAAACUGAAAAUCUCGUCAAAACUAAACAAUAGGCUCCAGCUGAAUAUCUCGUCAAAACUAAAGAUUAGGCUACCACUGUCUUAAGCAAAUCUUGUUAUUUUAUCAGCUGAAUAACUCGUCAA